AUGGGCGGUCUAGAGGCGUCCGAGAAGUCCGCCUUCUCGCCAUAUUCACGUCAGCCUUUGCAAUACACCAACGGUGAUGCCGUUUCUCCUCCGACAGUAAUCAGACCGCAACCACGGCUUGCAGUGCCCUUGGUUCCUCCACAGGAAGAUCGUUCGGAUUCUUGCAUCUACAAGAAGAUACGCAGUAAGCGAAAGGAACGCAGUAGUAGUGUGGUGGACGCACGGUAA